AUGAAGCUUCUCAUUCUCGUCCUUAUAUGUGGCAUUGCCACAGCACAGUUUAUGGAUUAUGAUGAGUUCGUACCAGACAAGAACGUGAAAGCAAAAAAAAAUAAGGCUAUGAAAGGAAGUAAUAUGGGACGUUUCGGGAAGGGAAGAAUGCCCAUGCCCACAUUCCUUGAAAACGCUACAGACGAGACAAAAAAGGAAGUUAGAGACAUCUUGAUGAAUAAAGAUCUGAGCCGCGAGGAGAUUGAUUCUAAAAUUGAGCAGGUACUCAAGAAGGAUCGCCCAGAAGUUCAAGAAGCUUUCGAGCUUUUCAAAUCCGAGGUUGAGGCUCGUAGAAAGCAAAGACUCCGUGAGCAUGAGAAGAAGCGUGAACGACUUUCCGAGGAUGCUCAACUUGCUGACAGUAAAUUGAUCGAGAUUCUCGAGGAUCCCACUCUUACAAUGUCAGACCGUCACGAGAAAAUGCGUCAGGUCUUUGAAGGGCUGUCAGAUUCUAUAAAGAAGGAACUGAAAAACAUGCGCAAGGAAAAGAAGGAAAACAAAAAAAAUGCCUUCAAGCUUGAGAAUAGACCUAUGCGUAGAUUGAGGUACCGGCCAGAAGAGAAGAUGGUUGAAACUCCAGCUGAGAUAGAAACCAAGCCGAUUCGUACCAGCGAAGAUGGCCAAUUCCUCGAAAUCUAA